AUGUGUCUUAUAGUAGAAAUACUGUUGUUUUUACAUGAACAGUUAAUAAAAGAGCUAGGGAAUACACAUUAUGGACUAGUUAAAGUACUUUUAGGCACACAGGCAAAGUUAUAUUCGCUAUGCAGGAAAUUUAUAUUAUACCGUAUCAUCGGUAUUAUGAAAGCUCUAUCAACAUUUCUAACAGUAGUUCAGUAA